AUUUAGAAUGGAUGUGUCGAGUCUGAAAGAUUUUAAGAAACUCAGGAUUUGCUAUUUGCAUUUUGCUGAGGAUGAUUAUAAAUUGGGAUAUGCACAGCGAAAAUUAAAAGAUAACGUUGUUCCAUCGUUGAAUUUAAGUGGAUAUUCUGAAGAAAAUCCAAGUAUAAAUGCAUCAGUGCAUGAUGUGGCAUUAAAUAUACAUACACAACACAAUAUUAUGGAAGAUGUACAUGAGGAAAGGAAUGAUGAUGUCCUUACAGAAAAUAAGAAUAUCUCUUAUGAAGCUAGAAGGCGAAGCAUGAAUACAAAUACCCAUAUAAUUUAUACAGAAGCGAUUAAAAAAGGCGAGAAAAAUGUAUUGCGCAGCAACAGGACAGUUUAA